GUGGGAUUUCAUACUCCACCCACUUGCUACAUAAUUCCUCUUUCUCCAGCCCCAGUCUCACUCACAGUUGCAAUCCCCUGCUGUUUUUACAGCAUUGAUUGUAAUUCCUGCUGUUGUUUUCUGUUGUGAGUCGAUCCUACUUCUGAGCAAUGGCGUCCAUCACUGCUGCUUCCACCAUGGUGGCCCCCGCUGCCUUUACGGCAGCUUCAUCUGCUGCGUCCACCUCCGAGUCCGCCUCCGUCAAGGCCUUCUCCGGACUGAAGAGCAACACCUUGUUCGCUAGCAAGGCCCAGAGCUUGAGCUCCGUCCAGAACGGCAGCCGCGUGCAGUGCAUGCAGGUGUGGAACCCCAUUGGCAUGACCAAGUUCGAGACCUUCUCUUACUUGCCCCCAUUGAGCGACGAUUCCAUUGCCAAACAGGUGGAGUACAUGAUCCAGCAAGGGCUGAUCCCUUGCCUCGAGUUCGACGUGAACGCUGACGGCGUGUCCCGCACCAACAACUCAUCUCCCGGGUACUACGAUGGCCGCUACUGGACUAUGUGGAAGCUGCCCAUGUUCGGAUGCCAGGACUCUUCCCAGGUCCUGAGGGAGAUUGAGGAGUGCAAGAAGACCUUUCCCGGAUGCUUCGUACGUAUCUUGGGUUUCGACAACGUGAAGCAGGUUCAGAUCUGCGGUUUUUUGGUCGCCAGGCCCAACUAGAGAAUUUGUUGAGCUCCUGACUCUAAAGGUCAUUAGGUAGUUUCGAGGUUUGAAACCCUUGCUGUUGAUGUACUCUACUUUCUGCUGGCUUGAACACGAAACUGAAUUUCAAAACUCAGUUUGCACGAAUGUGAAGUGUACUUUCCUA